AUGUCCGAUGACAAGCGUUCCGGCCGGAAACGGUUGGCCCAGAUCGAUCCUUUGGCAAUAACUGAGUCGCUAGGAUUCCAAACGUUCCGUCGAGGCUCCAGAAAGCCAUGGACCAAGGAAGAGGACGAACAGAUCACCAAGAUCAUGAACGAGAAGUACAGGGAUAACUUGGAGUUCCUUGACCCCGAAAGCGUCAAGUGGGACGUGAUUGCCCAGAUGAUUUCUCCCAACGGGGCCAGAAAGCCCAAGGAUUGCCGCAAACGGUGGACCAACUCACUAAAUCCAAACCUAAAGAAAGGAAAAUGGACUAAAGAGGAGGACGAAAAGUUGAUCCAAGCAUUCAAGGAGCACGGAGCUUCGUGGCAGCGUGUUUCCGCAGAAAUAGAAGGGAGAACCGAUGACCAGUGUGCUAAAAGAUACCUUGAAGUAUUGGACCCAGGCACCAAAGACAGAUUGAAGCCAUGGUCUAGAGAUGAGGACUUGCUCUUGAUUAGACAGGUGAGAGAGCAUGGAACCAAAUGGAGGACCAUAGCCAACGAGUUCCAUGGAAGGCCGUCGUUGACAUGCCGUAACCGUUGGAGAAAGUUAGUCACUGAUGUCGCCAGGGGAAAGGCCGAUGAAGUGAUCAAGCAAGAGGUAGACCUGAUCACCAAGAUCAAGGUGGAAGACUUAGAUGUCCAUACCAAUACCAAUUCUUCCUCAUCCAAAGAAAAUAACAAUAAUAAUAUCAAUGCCUCGUUCCCAGCUACCAAUCCCGAUAUCCAGGUUCAAAACUCUAAAGCCACCAGAGUAUCACCACAAGUCAGACCCGUCAACAGUCUGGUCGAAUGGAAGUACACAUUUAACGAACCAGGGGACGGAAUAGAGUUACCACAUCACAAUGUUUUUGAUGAUGAAAAUGGAGGAGUAAUCAAAAAUCAGGAGUUGGUGCAAUCAUUACUCAUGUACGCAAAGCGUCACAACCUAGAAAUCACCGUACAUCAACAUAUCCAUCAUCAUUAUUCCCCACCAAAUGCUCAAGCAAGCUAUCCAACCAGCACAUCUCCUUUUAGCAUCUUAAGUCACGGUGGGGAUGAUAAGGAGAAAAACUUGAGCACCACCAGCUCAGUAUCUGGUCCAAGCCCGUCAGAAGACGGACAAAAUUCCAGAAAUCAAUCUGCAUACUACUUGGAACCGGAGACCCAAUUGACAAGAUAUCAGCAUUUCAACUACUUACCUCCGUUGACAGAGGUCCCCAAGUUGAACUCAUCAAGCUCACCUCCUGCUUCAAGCGCUACACAUCAUCACCACCAUCAUCACCACCAUCAUCAUCAUUCGAGUAAACGGGGGAAAAGCACCAGCUCGAGCACAAACGUGAAUUCGAGUUCUAAUACAAGUAUAAGAGAUUCAGAAUUGGCAAGAAUAUUGAAUCACGGUAGCAACAAGGGUCCAGAUAAACCGGAUAUAUCCCACGAAAGUUCUAAUCCAUUGACACCGUUAACACAAGCGGUGGAAAUGGUCACAGCAUCAGAGGCCAAUAAUAGAAAACGAUCCACUAUCGAUACAGGGGAUGCCUCAAAACGAUUUAAGCGCGAUGAAGUUAGCGAUGAUGAGGAGGGGUUGGACUUCUGGGAGACUAUGAGAAACUUAACUGAUUUGCCUCAAGUUAAAACAGAAAAAGCGAUUCCUCCAAUACAGCAAUCACAGGAGUCGCAGCACACAGGACUGCUCUCGAAGGACAAGCCAGUAUCCCAGCACCAUCCGUUGCAUUACUUUGGCACAGGAAGUACUCCCCAACCGCAGGAUCAGCCAGAACAAGGAGCACAACAAAGCAACGCGGUCGACGAAGAGGAAAUCGACGAAGAAACCCUCAAUUCCUAUGGUGUUUUCUACAAUGUUUACACACGCCAGGGCUCUGUUUUCCCAGAGGGAAAUAGUCAGCAACAGCAGCAGCAACAGCAGUCUGCUGGCUCGGUUUAUGAUGCAUGGGGCGGUGGAUUUGGGAUCAUUCCGUUCAACCCAUCCUAA